GAAGAAGGGAAAAAAACGGUGGAGAACGCAGACUUGAAGCUAGAGAGAGAAAAGAUGAAGGUUACUUGGAACAAGGAGAAGGUGAACAAGAAACGCCCUUUGGCAGCCAUUUCCAAAUCCCAAAAUCUUCCUUUCGACAAAGAUGACGACGAAGCCAUCAGCCACAGCAACGACGACGCUGGCGGCCAGGACAAGCAACCGGGAGUCGCUGCUGGGGAGCCUUUGAAUUCAGAAUCCAAUAUUCAACUCAGCGAGUCGUUUCAAGCUCAGGGAGACAAGUUAGCCGAGGAGGGAAAAUACAGAGAAGCACUAGGGAAAUGGGAGGCUGCAAUCAAUUUGAUGCCUGAGAAUGCAGUCCUGCAUGAGCAGAAGGCACAAGUUUUACUUGAAGUUGGAGAUGCUUGGAGCUCGCUCAAGGCAGCAACUCGUAUGACCUUUGCUUUCCACUAUCUCCUUUCAGGCUUAUUUCGGGUUCGGUCAUGUUAACGGAACAAGUUCUCCUCCCUUGCAUGGUGUUACAGGAACCUACAGUGUUUAUAUAGCAGUUCUUUCCUGAACAUUUACCCUUCAGAACCUUAAUAUAGUUGCUUGAAUUGUUAUUGGUAGGAGCCACCGAGUUGAGACCAUCUUGGGCUGAGGCAUGGGUAACCCUUGGCAGAGCACAGUUAAACUUUGGGGAACCUGAUAGUGCAAUUGACAGCUUUGACAGAGCACUAGCUAUCAAGCCUGAUUUUAAGGAAGCUGAAGUUGACAGACGUGCUGCAUCACAGCUGGUGAGGAAACGACUGCAACUUCACUCUGCUACUUCGAGUGUUAGCACAAGCCGCUACGUUGUCCAGGACAAGACAGUUGACUCUGAGUCUGGAGAGGGAGUUCUCGAGCACUAGCUUAGUUUUUGGGUUUCACUUCGAUCAUACCUUCCUGUUUCGAAAUGGUAACAGACUUUCUUAGAGGGCAGGAGCCAGCACACUGGAAGCCGAUCAUUGGAAGUAAUGCGCUGUUGUUCUGAGAUGUCUCUUACAAACUAUUGUGCGCCAUGUUCUCAAUGUAAAGAAAUUGCUCAUCUUUGUUUAAAGUCUUCAGUCAUGCUGCCUCACAUAGGGCGGCUUUACUUACCAACUUUGUCCUACAAUUGUACAUGUUGAAUGACGAACAUGAAACAGCAAGUUUGAAGGAUUAGCAAUUGGCUGCAUUUCGCCAGUAGAAAUUGUUCA